AUGCCGGAACCCACCAAGAAAGAUGAUGAAGAUGACACUUCAGUUAGUACUCCACCAGCAGAUGGGAUGUCUAAGCCAGCGGAAAGAAAAGAUUCAGUAUGGUCUGUUGGAGAAGGAGCUCCAGAAGAGACAGAAAAACACGAUGAUUCCCAAAGAUCCACUUUAUUCAUCGAAUUUUUUUUGAGCGUUGGUGGGAAUAUUACAUUUAUAGCCAAAGUAGAAGCCAAAGAUCUUCUCCGAAAGCCAAAUGUUAAGUGGUUUAAAGGAAAAUGGAUGGACCUGGCCAGCAAAGCGGGGAAGCACCUGCAGCUGAAAGAGUCCUUUGAGCGUCACACUAAGAUUCACACAUUUGAGAUGCAUAUCAUUCAAGCUAAGGAAAACUAUGCAGGGAACUAUCGCUGUGAAGUGUCGUAUAAGGACAAGUUUGAUAGUUGUUCUUUUGACCUUGAAGUCACUGCUGCUCCAUCCAUUGACAUCAGAUCUGCUUUCAAAAGAAGCGGUGAUGGACAAGACGAUGCAGGAGAACUUGACUUUAGUGGUCUCCUGAAACGUAGGGAGAUUAAACAGCAAGAGGAAGAACCUCAGGUAGAUGUGUGGGAGCUCCUGAAGAAUGCAAAUCCCAGUGAAUAUGAGAAGAUUGCUUUUCAGUAUGGAAUCACUGACCUGAGAGGCAUGUUAAAGCGUCUGAAGCGCAUGCGCAGGGAAGUGAAGAAGAGUGCAGCUUUUGCCAAAGGUCUUGAUCCUGCAUAUCAGGUGGACAAAGGAGGUAAAGUAAGGUUCAUGGUGGAGCUAGCAGAUCCAACAGUGGAACUGAAAUGGUAUAAAAAUGGCCAAGAAAUACGACCAAGUGCAAAAUACAUUUUUGAGCACAAAGGUAACCAGCGAAUUUUAUUCAUCAAUAAUUGUACCAUGACAGAUGAUGCUCGCUAUUACGUAACAGCUGGUGAUGAGAAAUGCUCCACAGAACUGUUUGUGAGAGAUCCUCCAAUUUUGGUGACAAAAGGCCUGGAGGACACCAGUACCUAUGUUGGUGAACGAGUAGAACUGAGCUGUGAAGUGUCUGAGGAUGAUGCAAAUGUGAAAUGGUUUAAGAAUGGUGUAGAACUUACCAAUGAACCUAAAUCUCGGUAUCGAAUCAAGGUUGAGGGUAAAAAACACACUUUGAUCAUAGAGGAAGCUGCAAAAAAUGACAAUGCAACUUAUUCAGUAAUGACAACUGGAGGCCAAUCAGAAGCUAAGCUUUCAGUUGAUUUGAGACCACUGAAGAUAUCACUUGCACUAGAAGACCAGACUGUGAGGCUUGGACAGGAAAUCCACCUGAAGUGUGAGAUAUCUGAGAACGUGGAAGGGAAAUGGUACAAAAAUGGGCAACUGGUCGAAGCUAGUGACCGUGUAAAGCUUUAUCACAAAGGAAGAAUCCACAGAUUUGUUAUAGCAAGUGCUGCUGUUGAUGAUGAGGGUGAAUACAUGUUUGUACCAGAUGCCUAUAAUAUUAAUAUUCCAUGUAAAGUACAUGUUGUGGAUCCUCCUAAACUCCACCUGGAUGGUCUUGGGGAAGGUAACACUGUGACAGUAGUGGCAGGAAGCAAACUACGACUUGAGAUCCCCAUCACUGGCGAGCCAACUCCAAAAGUCAUGUGGAGUAAAGGGGACAAGUGGAUCACAGACAGUGGAAGAAUACGGGCAGAAACAUACCCUGACAGCAGCUGUCUGGUCAUUGAUGCAGCUGAGAGAGAAGAUUCAGGUCCUUUCAGAAUAAUGUUAAAGAAUGAGGCUGGAGAGGACACAGCUCUAAUCAACAUUAAAGUCGUUGAUGUCCCUGAUCCUCCUCAGGCACCAAAUGUGACUGAGGUGGGUGAAGACUGGUGUGUUAUGACCUGGGAACCUCCAGCAAAUGAUGGUGGAUCACCCAUCUUAGGAUAUUUCAUUGAAAGGAAAAAGAAACAAAGCUCCAGGUGGAUGAGGUUGAAUUUUGAACUGUGUAAAGAAACAACUUUCGAGCCAAAGAAGAUGAUUGAAGGUGUUGCUUAUGAGGUCCGUGUAUUUGCUGUUAAUGCAAUAGGCAUUUCCAAACCAAGUAUGCCUUCGAAGUCCUUUGUUCCUUUAGCUGUUACCAGUCCACCGACUCUCCUGGCGGUGGAUGGAGUGACUGAUACCUCAGUUACAAUGAAAUGGAGGCCACCAGACCACAUCGGAGCGGCAGGGUUAGACGGCUAUGUUGUAGAGUACUGCUUUGAAGGAACUGAUGAAUGGAUUGUGGCUAACCCGGAGCUGACAGACAAAACGAAGUUUACUAUCAACGGCCUGCCGACUGGUUCAAAAAUCCUUGUGAGGGUAAAAGCUGUGAAUGCUGCUGGUGAAAGUGAGCCCAGGUACCACCCACAGCCUAUUUUAGUCAAGGAAGUGAUAGAACCUCCAAAGAUUCGUCUACCAAGACACUUAAAACAAACCUAUAUGCGGAGAGUUGGCGAAACUGUGAAUCUUGUUAUUCCUUUCCAGGGAAGACCAAGGGCAAAAGUAUCAUGGCAGAAAAAUGGUUCACCAAUCGACAAGAACCAAAUCAACAUUCGCAACACUGAAAAUGACACUAUCAUCUUCAUCCGAAAGGCAGAAAGGAACCACUCUGGAGAAUAUAACAUGAAAGUGCAAGUAGAGAACUUGGAGGACAAAGCUACAAUAGAUAUUCAGAUUGUUGAUCGCCCAGGCCCACCAGAGGUUGUAACUAUUGAGGACGUCUGGGGAGAGAAUGUAAAUUUAUCAUGGAAGCCACCAAAAGAUGAUGGCAAUGCUGCCAUUACUGGAUACACUAUUCAAAAAGCAGAUAAGAAGAGUAUGGAAUGGUUCACAGUAAUGGAGCACUACCACCGCACCAGUGCCACCAUUAACGAGCUCGUCAUAGGAAACGAGUACUACUUCCGGAUCUUCGCUGAAAACAUGUGUGGCCUCAGUGAGGAUGCAACGAUGACGAAAGAGAGCGCUUUGAUUGCAAAGGAUGGUAAGAUCUACAAAUAUCCAGUUUACGACGAUUUUGACUUCAGUGAACGGCCAUUGUUUACUCAGCCUCUAGUCAACACAUUUGCUGUAGCUGGUUACAACGCUACUUUGAACUGUAGUGUUCGGGGCAACCCCAAGCCCAAAAUAACCUGGCUGAAAAACAAAGUCAUUAUAAUGAAUGACCCAAGGUACCGAAUGUUCAGCAACCAAGGUGUCUGUACCUUGGAGAUCCGCAAACCCAGUCCCUACGAUGGAGGUACUUACAGCUGCCGAGCAGUCAAUGAACUUGGAGAGGCAGAAGUUGAUUGCAAACUGGAAGUAAAAGGUGGGCUUUCGUUCUUCAGACUAUUGAUGGAUGGAGUGCCUCCGCAUAUCAUUGAUUCAUAUAUGCGUGAAGUACAGGCAGACAAAACUGAGGGGAA